AGGCUUCUCUCUGCUUAAAGUAAUACGGUUAAACGGCAAGUCAGGAAAUCUCCUUGUCGUCAAUAAGAUAAUUAUUUAAGAUAAAAUUUAUUAUUUAAAAAAAUUUAUCGUCACAUAUGUUUGAGUUUGAUAACGUCGGAAAAAUAAUCUUUUUAAAGUAAUGACGAAAAGUAUCACUUUCUGAUGUCAUCAGAAACCGCAUUCCCAUCCCACGCGUCUCCACACAACUAGCAACACGAGUAGAACGACAUAAACAAGUGUUUCACGGUUUUCUCAUGUCAUUACGCGAAAGAGUCCAUACCUAGUGAACGAAUUAGAUCCUAGGUAUGGGGAAGACCACGAGAGUAGUUGUUUGCGGGAUGAAAGGAGUCGGGAAAACCGCUUUGCUGGAACAACUCGUGUACGGAAACAUAGAUGCGAAAACGGAGAUUCAUCCCACAAUUGAGGACAUUUAUGUCACCAACAUUGAGACUGAUCGGGGCACAAAGGAGAAAGUCAGGUUCUAUGACACAGCUGGGCUGGAAUCCUUACAGAGUAAUACGAAUAAUCAGCAGCUUCCACGACACUAUCUGGGUUUUGCAGAUGGCUAUGUUUUAGUAUAUGAUACAGGCAAACCAGAGUCCCUUGACGUACUUUUUCCAUUGAAGAAAGAUAUCGAUAAGAAUAAGGAUAAGAAAGAAAUAACUGUGAUAGUGAUAGGUAAUCGGUCGAAAACUGAUGCUGUAUUAAAUAACUUAGAGAACACCGCGAGCAAAGCCACUAACUGGUGCACCAGGGAGAAGGUCAAGCAUUACGAAGUAAACGUUAUGGACAGAACUAGUUUGUACGAGGCGUUUGUGCAUUUGUCGUCCAAGCUGAAUCCUCCAACCAACAAAAGUACAUUUCCGCAGUUGAGCAUGGGUAGAAAAACCGUGAAGGCGGAAGCACAGUGAUGACUGUUCUCGAAAAAUUCAGUGGAAUUACGCGAAAGCUUGAAUCGUGGCACGACAUGAGAAUCGUUUGCAUGACUUUUGUACUCAGGUAUAAUUUAUUUCAUAAUGAUCAUUAUUUCGUAAUGAUCGGACGCACACCAAUCUGUGCGUCGAUAAAGAGACGUGCUCCAAGAUCUCAAUAACCGUAUAUAUACAUAUGCGCGGUACGUACUUCUUUAUUUACUUCAAACGUAUGUGUGAUACUAGGCUUGAAACGAGAUAAAUAACGAGUUUACAAUGCGAUGUACUUAAUAAUGCAAUGUUAUGUACUUAAGAUAUCAAGUCCGUUAUAAUAAAACUGUCUAUAUAAAUGUUUCAUACAGCACAAAAGUUUGGAAAAAAUUUCAGAAAGAUCUUAGAAAGGUUUAAUGUUUCUGAAACUUUUCUGAAAGCUUUUUGAAACUUUUGUGUUGGAUGGGAUAUAGCAUUUAUCGCAUCACGAGCAAAUUUCAAACGUAACUCUUCCGAGAUUACAGUGUUAUUUAAUUGUCUCGUUUUGCAGCGCUACUGAAUCUCGAUUAAUCGUUAAUUAAUACAAAACUACUGAAUCUCUUUUAAGAAUUACCUGUACUUAAAUCUCUUAUAGAGCUGAAAUUAAAUUUGCGUGCAAUAUUCCGCGCGUUAUUAUAAAGAUUAAAUUAUUAAUAAAUUAUAAAUCAAUUAUUAUAAAGAUAAAAUAUUAUGUAUUUAUUGUUACAAUGUGUUUAGUAUACUUAUCAUAAUUACAGUUGUGAUUAUAACAUUGACGAAUUUUUUUCACAAAAUAAGAGAGGAAUGUUAUAAAAUAAAUAUUAAUUAAUACAAGAA